CACACGGAAAAGACGGCGAGAAAGAAAUGGCGAUGUUUGGUGGAUUGGAUUCUGCACUGAAAAAGAAAAGCUUUGCAGAUGGCGAAAGGGAUGUAUCAGAAUAUGUUUGCCCUGUCUGUCUGGAGAUAUUCGAUUGCCCCAUGACAACACAAUGUGGGCACACGUUCUGCAUGAGCUGCCUUCAGGAGUGCAUGCGUCCCCAGAAGCCGGUGUGCGCCGUGUGCCGGGCGGUGCUGGGGAAGUGGGCCAGGGCCACCGAGCUGGAGGAGCUCAUUCACAACUUGACGGGCACGUGCAAGGGCUGCCGCGCUGAGGUGUGCUUGUCCCAGAUGCGAAGCCACACUGCCUCGUGCACCAAGUACCAGGAGUACAUUGACGAAGGGGUGAGGACCACCGCCAGGUCCCAGCCUGCUGUCGUUAGUGCGGUGCCGAAUAGGUACACCUUCACCUGCCCCUACUGCAGCUUCCAGAACCUGGACCAGGACGGGCUGGUGGAGCACUGCACAUCCCAGCACUCGAGAGACCCGCGCCAAGUGGUGUGUCCAAUCUGUGCCUCAAUGCCCUGGGGAGAUCCAAACUACCGAAGCACCGAUUUCUUCCAACAUCUGAAGAUCAGACAUUCCUUCUCAUACGAUACUUUUGUGGAUUAUGCCACAGACGAACAGAGCAUGAUCCAGGAGGCCCUGCAGCGCUCCCUGAUGGACAACUGACUCUAACACCAGGGCACACUGUUCGGCUUCAUCCCAAACACCUGAUCGAGGGCACUGCCAGAGACCCAGGGCAGCAGACACCAAUCCACCCUGCCCCUGUAGCGGCACUUUUCAGAAUUCCCGAGGAUGCAGCAAACAACACUAUAUACCUUUAUCAAAACUUCUUCAUAAUCGGUGUGUUGUCAAAACAGUUGACGUUCUGAACGAAUUAUAUGGAUCGGCUAUGAGAUCCCUAACACUUCUUUUUUGCAUUGUUACUGCCACAUUGGGUCUGUUCAUGAUAAACAAAAUAGUACUCAUUCUAGAUGUUCAGGAAUAUACUUUUGGCAUAUUUUUCUUUCCUUAAAGCUUCCAGACAAAAGUGUGGCAAUAUCUGAGGGGCCUGAUGUACCAUAAUUGCUGCCAAUUUACGCCUUAAAUAUUAUUUUUAAAAAUAGUCAUGAAAGUCCACUAGGUGGCCCCGUUUACUUAAAAAUAUUUCCCCUCAUUCUUUUCAACUCUGGCAAAAGGGUUGAUUUGAAUAUGGGCUGCUUCCUUACUUAGAACCAUAGGAGAUUGUAUUGUUUCUUUUUGUUUGUUUUUUUGGCCUCCUGGCCUACAGCUGAAAGGGGGUGGCAUGACUAUGUAAAGGACUCUGUCAGGCAACUGUCACUGUCAGCUCUGUCUAUGCUGUGAGCCAGGACCUGGGGAGAAUUACAGCUCCCUUUGGAGUUAGGUACCGUAAUUUUGGGUGCUCGACUUGAAUUCUUUGGAUCACCCUCUGGAAUUUGAGACAUUAUAUUCAGGAAAAGUACCAUUUACUCAUGCCAAAAAUAGCCUUGUACUCCUGCUUUUACAGCAUAUAUCUAACAGUUUCAUGAUGGGAGCCUUGUAGGGAGCCAUGUUUCUCAGUAGUCGCUUGUAGGCGCAGAGUGGUCUUGUCAAAAUACUACUAAUAAAAAAAAACAUCAAAAAUACUGUGGGGGGGAUAAAACUGAUGCUGGUUAAUGAGCAGCACUGAAGGACUGUUUUGCAUAGUUAGGCUCUUCUCUUUCAGCAAAUGUUAUCAUGGCAUAUUCGUUUAGCUUCUUACAGGAAAAGGACAACUGUGUUAAGUGGCACGCAAAGAAAGCACUGGGAUCCAAUUGGCAUCGUCCUGUGUUUUCAAUGAAAUCACCAGAUGGGGGCAGUGUUCCUCUAUCGGUUCCCUCUCACUGCCUCUACCUCUGCCACUGCUCCUGUCCUCUCACCUUCCAGUCAGUCCAUAUUUCCAUCUCAUGUGUGUGUUUGCUGAUUUGCCACUUAUUAAAAAACAGUGCAAAGAUCGCUUUAACCCUUCAGCAAGUGACUGUUGGUCUUAUGUAAAACACAGUGCAACAGGUUCCACGUCUAAGUGGGACUCCUCCUUUCUUUCAAAAUUGACACUUGAAACACAGAGGGACACUGUCCUUAGAAUUCAGGGCAUUUCCACAGAUCUGAAAAUUUGACUAUUUCAGAUCAUGCAGCAGCUUUUGCUGUUACUUGUAUCUAAUCCAAUGUGGGGUGCAUUCUUCCUUGGCCAAGUCGCUUCAGUUUGUGGGAAAUAAAGGUGAACUGCAUUGUGGGUAUUGGGUAUUCCUCCAUCCUGGGACACACUGGCUGUUCAAGGAGUGAGCCUCUGCCAGAGACUCAGCAGUAAGUGGCCCACACUAGUGAGGGGAGACAGUGUUACUGUGAUGUCAUCUUGUGGGGACGGCUGAAAUGCCAUCCAAGGGACUGGUUGUGAGGAAGGAAAAAAAAUAAUCAGAGCUGGCACAGUCCCAUCUGAUGUCCUCACAAGUCAUGCUGCUCAGUCAAACUUUAUUUUACAGUCCUGGAUCAUCAAACAGGGAUGAUUUAUUGUGGACAUCUUGUGUUGUACAAGAAAUCAAGCAAUUUGUAUGUUGUAUGGCAUUCUUGUAGAGCAAAGAUUUGAGAUGAUGCAAUUCUGCCACUGAGUUUUGAAUGGAGAUUUGAAUGAAGGCAAGCAGGAAUCCACAGAUAGUGACUAUCAUGGUGUGUAACCUCUGAGAAUCACCAUAUUUGUUUGCUAAUUAUAUUAAUCCUAACUUUAUUGUUGUCUUUCAUUCUAUUAGGUUAUAUGAUAAGGCAAACAUUGCUCUUUAAAUUUUCCUUUUUUGUGAUGCUACCAUUCUGGACGACGAUUGGGAGAUUGUAGCAGAUGAAAAAAAAUCACUGAGGAUUGUGUGAUUUAGUGCGAUUAAUUAGAGAGUUUGUCCUAUUGUAACACCUUGACGAGCCUGAUCUUUGCACCACCACAAUUAAAGCUUGCCUUAAAUAUU